UGUGACGCAAGUCUCUCGACGAACGUUCCCGCCUCGCUGUGAUGCGGAGAAAUCCCCAUCGCACGUUGUCCAGGACGCACCGCGCACUUGGGGUUGCAAUUCUGCCGGCGGGCCGCCUGUGAGGGCAAAAGGCCUGCCUUUUCCCGAAGGUGGUCACGGUGGUGGUUGAAAAUAGUCGUCAUGGUCCGAGUCUGACGCCGGUCCUGCUCAUACAAACGACUGGAAGUCGCAGGCGACCUUGGAGACCCUCCCGUUUGCGAGCCGCCUUCAUCUACGAGCGCCAUGCCGUUACCUAGCUUGAGCCGUUUGCUCGUUCCCAUCUUACUCCUCGCGGUCAACGUUGCCCAGGCAUCGCCCGCUCAGGAAGCAUGGGAAGUCAAACCGAAUCGAGGCUCAUCGCGAUUUUACGACAUACAGGCUCAUCGUGGAGGUCGAGGCAAUACGGUGGAAAGCACAUUGCCAAGUUUCGCCUGGGGUUUGAUUGACGGUUCUACCACCCUCGAGCUUGAUAACGGGAUCACGAAGGACGGCCAUGUUGUUGUUUGGCAUGACGAGAGCGUCGUGGCACAGAAAUGCCGCGACACCCGACCCGCGUUCCCACACGACCCCGACUUUCCCUAUGUUGGAAAGUUCAUUGCCAACUUGACCCUGGCGCAGAUCCGGACUCUGGACUGUGGGUCUUUGCGCCAGUCAGCGUUCCCUAUGCAGGUGACCUAUCCAGGUGCACGCAUCUCUACCAUGCAGGAAGUAUUCGGCUUUGUAGAGUGCGCCGACCCAACGCACCAGAUUCAAUGGAAUAUCGAAUCGAAGAUCAAUGCGGCACAACCAAAUUGCACGCGGAGUGUUGACGACUUCGUUACAAGACAGCAUGCAAUCUUUGCCGGCAGCCCGUAUCGGCAUUCGAUCACGUACCAAAGUUUCGACUGGAGGACCCUUGUAGCCAUGAAGGAGCUGGACAGGAAUAUUCUUACGUCAGCUCUCAUAGACGAAGAUAAUGCCUUCACCGUCGACGGAUCCCCAUCUCCAUGGCUAGCAGGACGUCGUAUCGACGCUUUCCCAGGAGAAACAAUUGGUCAGCGUAUCGCACAAGCCGCACACGAUAUUAGCGCAGACGUUCUCUCACCCGCUUCUACGUACUCGGACCUGGAUGGAUCUAUGCAGGCCUCGGAAUACGCCUCGUUCGUAACGAAAGACAUGGUUGAAGAGGCGCAUAGGCUGAACCUAAGUGUCAAACCUUGGACUGCGAAUACGCUGGAUGUGGUAGAGCGUAUCGCAGCACUCAACGUGGAUGGCAUUAUCACCGAUUAUCCUAAUGUUGUCCGCCGUUGGGCGAAGGUCGAAGGAUAUACAGUUGCACCGAAAUAUCCGAAGCAGCGAGUCUUUCGGUGCUUAGAGGAGCAUAUGAGAUUACAGUAGACAUAGAUGCUAUUAUACCCCUUCACUAACCACCGUUCACGCGGACCAUAAUACCCCGUCAUAGGACCGUAUUGCUCGAUACUAUCGUACUAUCGAAAUCACAACAGGCGAUAUCAGCUGGGAGCAAUACAAUGAUAGACACUAUGUACAUUUUUUCUGACUGAAGGGACGCAGCUGCGUUAUGCACCAACAGACUCAAUGUUGGGUAAAUAGCCUUCCUUAAGGCUUCUCUCAAGCUUCCGUAUCUCCUCAACCGAGGUAGCCUUUGCGAUGGCCUCCUUGACCUUCUCCUGCUCCUCUUUCGACAUCAACCUACCGGCCUUCAAGUUGCCAUUGGCGCUCGGUAACCGAGGUUCGUCGGAUGUAACCGCAGGCUUGCCCGCGUGCUUCGAGACCGUCGACGCGAUCUUCUCAGCGAGCGCGUUUGGAACUUUGUCCGUUGUAAGGAAUAAUCCUUUGGCGGUGCUCCUCUCCUUGUCCCGGAUUCUCUGGAAAUCCAAAACUCUCAGCGCAGGCAGCCUCCAAGCAAGCCACUCGCGGUACCAUUUCUUUUCCCGUACGGGAUUGCCCAGCAGGGAGAGGUAGGUGAGUUUCUUGAGGUCCUUGAGCGGUUCCAGGUCACCAAGCUCGGAGAUGUUGUUGUUUGUAAGGACCAGCAACGUCAGAUUGGGCACGGAGAGGUGUAGGGAGGGGGAGAUUGAGGAUAUUCGGUUGUUGGCGAGGAGGAGCGUCUGAAGGCGCCGCAGAAGCGGCAGGUUACCCAGCACUAUGAUUGAGUUGUCGGUGAAAUCUAUCGCAUCGUGUUGAUCCCUAGUGACACCGAGGUUUUCGAUGGCAGGAAUUUUGUAGCCUCGAAGAUCGAGCUGGCGCUCCUUGUUCGGGUUGAUUGCUGAGGUCGCCUGCGCGAGCACCUCUGGAGUGAGCUUCAUCGUC